AUGACGAGAGUCGAGGGACCGGCGCGCGACGGCCUGGAUUCUGCCAGUUCUUUCAUCAUGGUCAACGAAGGUUCGCGCGCUGCACCGGCUGGAUUUUACCUGCUGCACGGGAUUUUGGCCCUUGCGCUUGUGCCACAGGCGCUCGCGUCGUACCCUCAGAGCGGCGCGUGUCUGUCUGAGAAUGACGAGGGAUGUGCAGAUUUAUCGCAGAAGAAGAGUGAUCUGCGUGUGUGUGAUGAGUCGACCUGCCGCUAUGGGGGAGUCUGCAGAGACGAUGGAACGCAUUUAAAGUGCGUGUGUCAGUUUCAGUGUCCCAGGAGUUAUGUUCCUGUCUGUGGAUCUAAUGGAGACACAUAUCAGAAUGAGUGUUACCUCAGUCAGGCCGCCUGUAAACAACAGUCUCUCAUCACUAUGGCAACCAAAGGUCCAUGCUAUGCUGAUCACGCGUCUGGCUCAGGAGAUGUUGAGCUGGAGAGCUCAGGGUCCGACCCAAACAGGAAAUUCACCAAGUGUUCAACAUGUAAAUAUGGAGCCGAAUGUGACGAAGACUCAGAGGAUGUCUGGUGUAUUUGUAACAUUGACUGCAGUGGCCACAAUGAGAAUCCAGUGUGUGGAUCUGAUGGUCAGUCCUACAGUAAUCCCUGCCUGGUCAGAGAAGCUUCCUGUAUGAAACAGGAACAGAUUGAUGUCAAACACCUUGGCCGCUGUUCAGAUAAGACAGGGAAGAAAGAUGAUGGAAGCCUGUACAAGCCUGAUUUUCCAGAUACGUCAGAGCCAAGGGGCGGAGUCUCUGCAGGCAGUCCGACCCCAUGUACAGAAAACUACGCCAGCUUCUGUGUGCAUGGAGUGUGUGAGAUGAAGAACAACGUGGCAAGUUGCAGGUGUAACACGGGCUACUCUGGGCUGCAGUGUGAGGAGAUGCAGGAUUUUAAUGUCCUGUAUGUGGUGCCCAGUGGACAGAAACUUCAUUACGUACUAAUAGCUGCAGUCAUAGCAGCAGUGCAAAUUGCCGUCAUUAUCACUGUGGUCAUGUGCAUCACCAGAAAAUGUCCUAAGAAACCCCGUGGCCGUAGACACAAACAGAACCUGGGCCGUCCCCCCCCUGACUCAGGACGAAGGAUUGUAUAG